AUGGACCAUCGAGAUGUGUUUACCCAGAAAGUGGCAAGAGCUCUGUAUGGGGCUCUUGUGACACUUCGCGCAACGCAACCAUCAACCAUGGCCCAAGUAUCGGUGAAGACUGACUCGCCGCAGAAACAAAAGGCUGCGCGCAUGGACGAAUGGUCUCAAUUGCCUCUACGAGGGUGGUCAGAUAUGGAGCGAUGGUUAAUCUCUAUGUCCGACCAGUUCACGAUUGAGCAACCCCAGAGUCUACAGCUUCCUGGAGCGUCGGGGGCUGCCUAUCCAAUCCCUGUCUCUCCAGUCCACAGCGAUAUCCAUACCCAUAGUCCAGAGGUGGCGAUGGAAGCGCCAGGCGCGUCAUCUGUGUAUGCCUGGCAGCCAAGAGAGGAAAUCAACAUUGGCAGUCCCUAUGAGAAUCAUCUCCAUCCCCCGGCCAUGAUGUCUUCGCCUAUAUACCCGCGACAUCAGGCCGCCGGCGGAUCGGAUAACAUGGCUUCUCCAGCUGCGAAUGCCGAACAUGCCCCAGUCGCCAUGGCGAAUGAGGACCGUGACGAAGCAAACCAUCCUGCCAGGGCGGAAGAGCUGUCAAAAAGAGAAUCCAGUAUAUAUUUCUAA